UUAAAGGAGAAUGGAGAUAUGACGGAUCAGAUAUUAUGGCGAAAAUAUAUUCAUCUCCAUCUCCAUACCCAAUCGAAAAAAUCGGCAUAACCAUACUCAAUCGAAAAAAUCGGCAUACCCACUUAGAAAUGGAUGCACAAAACCUAAAUUACAGCUCCUUUAAUGAUAUUUUAUGACUUCUAACAAAUAGAUUAAAUAAAUUGAUUUUUUUUCUUACCGACUUUUUACCAGUGAAGCGAUUUUCUGUCGCCGUUUCCGAUUGGGAGGAUCGUGAGAGCGGUGGAAGCGGUGGCCGUAGCUUCAUUCUGACGCCAUGAACACUAUUAUCCGCCGCCGCCUAAGGCUAAGUCCAAAACUUCUUCUUUAUUCUUUCCCCAAAUCCUCUUUCUUCUUCUUCUCAACGACCACUUCUGAUUCUGUCUCCUUCACCAUAUCCUACCUCACCAACACCUGCGGCUUCACACGAGAGGCUGCACUGAAACUAUCCAAACGACUUCGUUUCAACACGGCCCAAAAACCCGAUUCCGUCAUCUCCUUCUUCCAAACCCACGGUUUCUCCGCCGCCCAGAUCCACCGCAUCCUCAGCCUAUCCCCCGAACUCAUGGUAUGCAACCCCACCCGAAGGCUUCUCCCCAAAUUCCACUUCUUGGCCUCCAAAGGCUUUUCUGCAUCCGACGUCGUUUCCAUUGUCGCUAAGAACCCCCGUUUCCUCUGUCAGAGCCUCGAAAACCGCAUCUUCCCCACCUUCCAACUCAUCCGAAGGUUCUUCCCCUCCGACCUCAGAGCCCUCGCUGUUUACAUCGCCUGUCCCUCUGUCAUCGGACACUGUCGCGUGGCAUCAAACGUUGAAAGGUUGCUCGACGCCGGAGUCUCGCACGCCGGCAUUCGGCACUUGCUCUCCUCUCGGCCUCUGGUUCUGUGCUUCAACCUGAGAACCCCCUUGGAGGAAGUGAAACUGUUGGGGUUUGACCCUUUGAAGGUGACCUUCGCUGUGGCCCUUGUGGCCAAAAGGACUGUUUCCAAACCCCUUUGGGAUGCUAAAGUCGCCGUCUUGAAGAAGUGGGGUUGGUCUAAGGAUGAGGUUUUGGUUGCGUUUAGGAAACAACCUACGAUGAUGCUCUGUUCCUUGGAGAAACUUGAUGCAGUGGCGGGGCUUUGGGCGGGUCGGCUUGGAUGGGAUCGUUCUGCGCUUAUUGCGUACCCCUCGUUGUUUUUGUACAGUUUGGAGAAAAGACUUGUUCCGAGGGCUUUGGUGUUGCAGCAUCUUCUCUCCAGAGGAUUGGUGAAGAAGGAUGCUAACUUCGUCACACCGUUUUGUAGGUCUGAUGAGGGUUUUCUGGAAAAGUACGUGACAUCUUUCGAGGAGGAAACACCCAGGUUACUAGAGCUAUAUCAGAAGGGACAGGGAGCAUGCUAGCAUCUGGUUGUUGAGAUCUAAUUUAACUCCUGUACAUAGAGAUUUUUGGUGUAAUUCAUCUCUAACCACUAUAUCUUCUCCGAGCAUAGCAAUGUGUUGUUGUUUGUUUUUCAGUAUGAACAUUUUCUAAUUAAGUCCUAGUUGGGAUUUGUAGGAGUAGUGUGAUAUUUUAUAGGUGAUUGAUCCAGGAGAACAAAAGGUUUUGUUGUUAGAGAAAGCCUUUGCAGCCUUUAGUUAACCAGUUCAGCACGAGUGGAAGAGGCAAUACAAAUAAGAUUUCUUUCGAUUAUGGUGCCAAUUCGAUUUCCUCCUGAAAUAGAGGACUGCUACUGUUGUGUGUGGAAGAAGAGGAUAAUUUGCAUCAUGUUGUUUCGUUGAAUACUGCUUUGAAGAAAUGAUCCUGAUCCUGGUCACGUCAAUUAUUAAAUAUGACAAUAAGAACACUAAUAUAUUAGCUAUCUGAUUGGAAAUGGGAAAAUGAACAAGGUGCAAGGCAUUUUCAAAUGGCAAGAUGACAAAACAGAACCAGAAACACCCAACACUGAAAGCCGCCAAAGGAAUAAAGGAACAAAUUCGUUGUGAAUUGAGAGAGAAUGGAUGAAACCCAAAAUCCUUUAAAACAGUUACCACUACUAUAACCUAGUUUUUUGACAAAAUUAUUUGUUCUUUAAAGUUUUCUCUUCUUAUUCAUAUGGGAACAAGCUUGAUUAAACCUGUGUGAAGUUUUUCUCAAACGAUGCUUGUAAAUGAGAAAUACGAAGGUCUUGUAUGAGAUGAAUUCUAAAGAGCUUCUAGAAAUUGUUGAUUGUUUGUUUGAGCA